AUGGUGUGAGACGAAGCGAAAAGGGAGAUGAACGCUUUUCAGAAAAACAAAUCCAAGGAAACUUUCUUCACUUUUAUUCCUGCAGGAGAUGACCCCCCCAAAACAGCUUUCUCUUCUCGGAAAAAGGUCCCAAAACUAUGUGGCACCAACUACCCACUCAGCAUUGCCUUCAUUGUGGUGAACGAGUUCUGUGAGCGCUUCUCCUACUAUGGCAUGAAAGCUGUGCUGACGUUGUAUUUUCUCAAUUUCCUUCACUGGGAUGAGAACCUGUCCACCACUGUCUACCAUGCCUUUUCGGGGCUGUGUUAUUUCACGCCUGUCAUCGGAGCGCUCAUCGCCGACACAUGGCUGGGAAAAUUCAAGACCAUCAUCUACCUCUCCAUUGUUUAUGUGAUUGGCCAUGUGAUAAAGUCUGUCGGUGCAAUACCAACUGUGGGAAACCAGAUGGUUCAUGUGAUUCUGUCCAUGUUUGGCCUGGCUUUGAUUGCCCUUGGAACAGGAGGUAUCAAACCCUGUGUGGCUGCCUUUGGUGGGGACCAGUUUGAAGAAGAACAUGCCCAAGAAAGGAGCAAAUUCUUUUCCGUCUUCUAUCUAUCUAUUAAUGCGGGAAGUUUGAUCUCCACGUUUGUUACUCCUGUAUUGAGAGGGGAUGUGAAGUGUUUCGGAGGGGAUUGCUAUGCCUUGGCUUUUGGUGUCCCAGCAGCACUCAUGGUUUUAGCCCUUGGUGUGUUUAUUGCUGGAAGUGGAAUGUACAAAAAAACUCCGCCACGAGGGAACAUCUUACUCGAAGUUUGCCAGUGCAUUGGGUUUGCUGUUACAAACCGGCUGAAAAACCGCUCCAAACAGAUCCCCAGGAGAGAGCACUGGCUGGACUGGGCAUCCGAAAAAUACUCAAAGCAACUGAUCAAUGAGAUUAAAAUGGUGACACGAGUUCUCUUCCUGUUCAUCCCGCUGCCAAUGUUCUGGGCCCUCUUCGACCAGCAGGGAUCUAGAUGGACUCUGCAAGCCACUAGAAUGAAUGCAGACUUCGGAGGUGUAGUCUUUCAGCCAGACCAAAUGCAGUUCUUGAACCCACUCCUGAUUUUGAUCUUCAUCCCCAUUUUCGAUUUUGUCGUCUACCCCCUGAUCAGAAAGUGCAGAUUUAACUUCACGCCUAUUAAAAAAAUGUCAGCAGGUAUGCUCCUUGCAGCUCUGGCGUUUGCAGCAGCAGCCGUUGUAGAAGUCAAAGUAAAUGAAACUGCAAUGCCCCCACUUGAACCAAAAGAAAGUUUAAUUCAAGUCCUGAAUUUGGCAAAUGAGAAAGUUCAAGUGAAAAUCCAAGGCCAAGACCUAUUUCAGCAGCCCGUGGAGGCCUUUCAGGACCCUGCUGAGUAUUCCAAAUUAACAUUGACUGAAACACAACAAAGCCUUGUCUUUGAGCUGCAGUCCUCCCCAGGAUUACAGUCCAUUUUUAGCCACCCCGUGAAGGAAAAGUCCGUAUACAGCUUACUUGUCCACAAGUCAGAGGGAAGCCUAACGACCCAUUUAAUUGCAGACAUGGCAACAAAACCAGCCAAGGGGCUGUCAGCUGUCAGAUUCAUUAAUGCUUUGGACCAAGAUGUCAAUGUCACCUUUGACACAGAGCAGAUCAUCAGUGUGACAAAGAACUACAGUGUUUCACAUUACACAACCGUAGAGAGGGGAAACUACAAAGUAAGAUGCAAAACUGGAACUAAGGAAUUCUCCCUGGACCUAGGCCUGCUUGACUUCGGAGCAUCGUACACCGUCCUUAUAAAUGAAACAACCAGUUCUCAAGCAUGGAAGACAGAAGAUAUCCAUGCCAACAAUGUCCACAUUGCUUGGCAGCUGCCACAGUACAUGUUAAUAUCUGCCGGGGAAGUGAUGUUCUCUAUUACGGGACUGGCAUUCUCUUAUUCUCAGGCUCCUGUCAGCAUGAAAUCAGUGCUCCAGGCAGGCUGGCUGCUCACGGUGGCCUUUGGAAAUGUCAUUGUGCUGAUUGUUGCCCAAGCAGCGCCGCUGGAGCAGUGGGCUGAGUUUGUCUUGUUCGCCGGCCUCCUCUUUGGCGUGUGUAUCAUUUUCUCCAUCAUGGGAUAUUUCUACGUUAGCGUGAAUCCCGACGACCUGCUAGAAAAAGAAGAGAAGGGAGAGAUGCCGAGUAAUGGAAACGCAUUUAGCCUCGUUCCUCAGAAAACAAAGCUAUAACAUGACUGUGGGUUGGGCCGGGAUUUUUUUUUUUAAAGGAACCCAUGAAGAGGAAGAAAGUUCCAAGAGUGCGGAGACAGGGAGGGAGGGUUUGCAUUCUGACCUCUAACUUGAAAUGUAUCUUUCUUGGCAAAAUAGCCCCCUUUCCUCAAAUACGGGAUCUGAAAAUGUGUAUAAAAUUGCCUGGGAAAGCUCCCCUCAGAAAGACACUCUUACAAAUAAAUACCAAGUCAUUAUAAAUCUGCCCACCUUUUCUAGCCAGGAAAUUAUUUU